AUGUCACCAACCGCAUCUAAAUCCUCCCUUCGAGGAGUAGGAGGAGUCGAUCCUUCUGCUCCAGGCAACAUCAUCCGUGCCGCCCUUGCUUUCGAGUCACUUCUCACAGUUGGUGUGGGUACCUACUACAUGUUAUUUCCACGCCACUAUUUGCUCCACACAAUGGGAGCUGCUGCUGCUCAAGUCACGACAACAGCAGUACAAUCUGCUCAGCAAUUUGGUGCUAUGAACGUCUUCAUUGGUGCCACUGUUGGCCUCUUUAUACCCAACACCAAGCAUGCGAUUGAAUCUCGUCAGAUGCUAUAUUCUGUCGUACUGGCCUUUGAGCUUUUGUUUCCUCCACUACUAGUAUGGCAAGCGUUCAUGAUGGAGGGCGGCAUGCUAAGGAAUUCAUUGUUGGCUGCAGCCGGGCAGUUUGUGCCUCCCAUAGUAUGGAGAAUUUUUACACUUGGUUGGAAGCCUGAGUGGUUUGGCCGAUAUCAAGAGGGGAAGAAGAUGGAGUAG